GCACAAACGCGUCAACUGUCCGGAAACAAAAACUGUACCUGCGGAAAAGGGAACAUGGAAGCGGCAGUGUUCAUUUUGUCUCUUGUGGAUUGUUGUGCGCUGAUUUUCCUCUCCGUUUACUUCAUUAUAACCUUGUCUGACCUAGAAUGUGACUACAUCAAUGCUCGAGCCUGCUGUUCCAAGCUAAACAAAUGGGUGAUUCCAGAGAUGGUUGCCCAGUGUCUUUCCACCAUGCUCAUGCUGGUCUCGAUGCACUGGUUCAUCCUCCUCCUCAACCUGCCUGUAGCAGCCUGGAACAUUUACAGGUACUUGAAGGUUCCGAUGGGGAACAUGGGAGUGUUUGACCCAACGGAGAUCCACAACCGAGGUCUGCUCAAGUCUCACAUGAAGGAGGCCAUGAUUAAACUGGGCUACCACCUGCUCUGCUUCUUCAUCUAUCUGUACAGCAUGAUCCUGGCUUUGAUCAACGACUGAGCGCGGAGCAGGCCGCGGACUUCAGCUGCGUCCCCUCACAUCCUGUGCUCCUGUACUGUAUGCAUGUCUCAGAACAACGAUUACUUUUUUUGUAUUGAAUUCCAGAGUUUGACUUUGCCACAUCGAUAUGGUUAAUAUUUAACCUCUCAACAAGACACCUUCAUAGUCUCCAACAGAAAGCUCGUCUCUGCUGUGAAAAACAAUCACAUUUAUUUUUGAACCUCUCUGUUUACCACGAAGUCAUUACAACCUCAACAGCUGUUAGACAUCUGCAGUGUGUUUCUUUACCAAUGUCGAUGAGCCCAAUCCCUCCUAGUAAUCAACUACGUUCAGCCUCAUCACGAGUGCUUAUUAUUCUGGUGCUUUACACAAAGUAUUGAAGGUUGCUGUAAGGACCUUGGGUCAAAGGUUGGGAGAAGAGUUGAAUCAAGCUGACAGCGCAGGCCCUGCGAGGAUGCUGUAGCAGCCUCAGUUAUGGCUCCUUCCUGUGUGCUCAGACAUUCUUCUUCUCUCCUCGCUGGUCGCUCUUGUGCACCGAUGUGAUGCGACCCCUGUAAUAACUAUAACACUAACAAAUUGUACUGUUUGUGCCACACGUAAUGACUUUUCCCAGCUGGUGAUUCAAUCAGGUUCAGUUAACGUGGUCCUUUAUGGUGAGUGCUCUGCUUCCUGUCAGGGUGUAAUGACCUCCAACAACUAAUAAGAUGUUUCUGUGAUGCUGUUGCUGCAGUCGAUCCUCAGCAGCGUCGUGAGUGCACUGAGUUAAGAGGCAGUCGGAUUCUGAUUGUUUGAUUGGCAAAGUUUUAUUCUUCGGGGAAAUGUUUGAAAGUUCUUGUUGUGUCAACAUAAUCCUUUUUUUUUAAGUGAACAUUGAACUACUUCUGUCAAAUCAACCCAAUAAAUAUCUCAAACUCUC